AGAGGUUUGGCUCAUGUCCUGAAGUUUUUUUGUUUUUUUCUCUGGUCCUUCUGUCUUUUAAAGCUGCGUUGCCUCCGCAGAUUUCACCUCUCGGCCAAACCCUCCGGACGCACCGCUGCUGAGGAGUGAAACACAUUCAUCUGUUCGCUUUGGAGAGGUCCCAGGAGCUAUCUCACCUCCACCAUGACUGAGCGCUUCGACUGCUACUACUGCCGCGACAACCUGCACGGGAAGAAGUAUGUGAAGAAGGACGACAAGCACGUGUGCACCAAGUGCUUCGAUAAACUCUGUGCCAACACCUGCGCAGAGUGCAGACGCCCCAUUGGUGCUGACGCCAAGGAGCUGCACCACAAGAACCGUUACUGGCAUGAGGACUGUUUCCGCUGUGCCAAGUGCUACAAGCCGCUGGCCAGUGAGCAGUUCAGCGCCCGCGAUGACGGCAAGAUAAUGUGCGGCAAGUGCAACUCCAUCACCGAUGGCAACCGCUGCCAGGGCUGCUACAAGGUCGUCUUGCCAGGAUCCAAGAACGUGGAGUACAAGAACAAGGUGUGGCACGAGGAAUGUUUCACCUGCUUUGAGUGCAAGCAGCCAAUCCACACGCAGAGCUUCUUGACCAAAGGUGAUGACAUCUACUGCGCUCCCUGCCAUGACAAGAAGUUUGCCAAGAAGUGCUUCCACUGCAAACAGCCCAUCACCUCUGGAGGGAUCAGCUACCAGGACCAGCCCUGGCACUCUGAGUGCUUCGUGUGCCACACCUGCCGUAAAGCUCUGGCCGGAGCUCGCUUCACCUCCCACGAGAACAAUGUUUACUGCGUGGACUGCUUCAAGACUGACGUGGCUAAGAAGUGCCACGGCUGCAAGAACCCCAUCACAGGGUUCGGCCAUGGCACCAAUGUGGUGAACUACGAGGGAUACUCCUGGCAUGAGUACUGCUUCAACUGCAAGAGGUGCAGCCUCUCAUUGGCCAACAAGCGCUUUGUCAUCAAUGGAGAUCACAUCCACUGCCCCGACUGUGCCAAGAAGCUGUGAGCUGCUGCACAGACGGCUCAGCAGAGGAUCACUGUUUAAAGGAGAUUAAACCCACAACUACAUGUAGACAGUUUGUAAAAGAAUCUUUUUUUUUUUUCUCAUAGAUAUUGAGAGUUUUUGAUUUGGCCUUAAAAUGAAAACAGUUGGUGUAACUUCUUUGUGAGGAUCAGAGUGAAGGGUUUUACAAUUAAAUGUGCACUUAGCUUGGCUCAUUUAUCUACAUAUACAUUAAUGCAACUUGUUUAGCUGCUACAGCUAAGAUACUAACUCGGCAGAAGAAUUACUUUUGAUGGUUUGUGAAGAGUCGAACGAGGAUUCUGUGCAGCAUUAUGACACAGAAGCAUCGUCAGUGCCUUACUGGAAUCUAGCAGAGAAUUGAAUGCUUUUUACAUGCUGCUGCUGCUGCUCAGUCAUACCAGCUUUGAUCACUGAUCUAUGAUGUCUCUGAAUGAUUGAGGGGAUUAAUGAGAAUGUUUAGAGUGGAUAUCAAUUUAGAGCUUUGAGAUUGAAGUUUAAAUGUAAACCCGCUCGUUUAACCAAGACGUGUGAGUGUGAAUAUUAAACAAGAAUAAAGGAGGAAGAAGUGA